AUCUCCACAUUUCAUCAAUCUAUACAAUCAAGCAAAGUUUCAAUUUUUCAAUCUAAAAGUUUAUAACUUGCUGAUGUGUGUGAUACUGCAGGAGAAGGGGAAAAGAAGCUUAGACACCACAGCUCUCAAAACAGAGCUUGAAGAAACAGAGGAUCCAGAAAAAGCAGAGAAGAAGUUUUCCUCUGUUUCUACAAAAACCUCUCAAGGCCUAUUUAGAGAGACGAGUUUCUCAGCAGCAGAGCCAGUUUCAGGUCAUAUAACAUACUCAGGACCAAUUGUAUUCUCUGGAAGCCUAUCAGUUCGUUCUGAUGCAAGCACAACGAGUGGAAGAUCAUUUGCUUUUCCAGUAUUGCAGUCAGAAUGGAACAGUAGUAGUCCUGUAAGAAUGGCGAAAGCGAACAAGAAAAGACAAAAAGGAUGGGGAGACAUUCUUAUGUGUUGUAGAUUCUCUUGAUCAAAAAAAGCUUUUCACUUUGAAGCACAGAGGAAGAAAGGUUUAUAAAAUUUUAUACUAUUAUUUUUCUUUUUUAAUGGUGAUUUAUAGUGCAGUGGUGUGUGUAAUUGGCACUUUGGUAGUAUUAUUUUGGGUUAACAGUUAGGAAUUUUUCAUUCAAAUGUAUCAUGUAUGUACUAAUGUACAUGCUUUUGGUAUAGCUUUGGUGAUUAUUAAAAAAAAGGUUAUAUUA